AUGCGCGGCAUUCUUAACACAGCCGUCGCCUUCCUUUUAAUAUUGUCGCAUUCUGCGCAGGCACAUUCAGUUCGGCGGAAUGCCUUGAAUUAUAUAAGCCGGGUCGACGAGCCGGUCCUUCACUCACCAUCGCAUCGCGUGCACGCCUACUCGACGUUCGAUGCUACCUUUUUGCUACACAAUAAGCAAGACAAGGUUCGAUUGUCACUACAACCUAAUCAUGAUGUAUUGUCAGAAACGGCGACCGUCAAGUACCUUUCGGCGGAUGGCACCCUGCGGCGCGAGGAAGUCAUUACCCGGUCGGAUCACAAGGUGUUCAAAGGCGAUGCAUUUGUGCAACACACAGGCAGCUCGGAGUGGGUGAACGCAGGUUGGGCGCGAAUAACGGUCUACCGUGAUGGACUGCAUCCCAUUUUCGAGGGCGCUUUCCGGAUCGACGGCAAUCAUCACCAUGUACAGACGAGCACCAACUACCGAAGGACGCAACAUCACGACGAUCCUGUGGUGGACUUCGCCGAGGACGAGUACAUGGUCGUCUGGAGGGACUCAGAUGUCACGCCUAACCCCCACGAUUUCCACGAGGAAUUGAGACGGGACUUUGGCGGAGUGUCGACCUGUUCCUCGGACGGACUCAAUUUCAAUCUUGAGAAUAACCACCCCGUCUACAAGGGCCUCGAUCUCCGCGACACAGCGGUUGGAGCCCGCUCGUUGUUUGGCCGUCAAAUUGAUGACGGAACCACGGGCGGAAAUGGAGCCGGAGUGAAUCUUACCAGCACCAUCGGUUCAACCAACGGCUGUCCAACCACGCGUAAGGUCGCUUUGGUUGGUAUUGCCACGGAUUGCACUUACACCGCUGAGUUCAAUUCGACUUCCUCCGUGCGCUCCAACAUCAUCACCCAGGUGAACUCGGCUUCAGCUCUCUAUGAAAGCACCUUCAACAUUUCCCUCGGUAUCCAGAAUUUGACCAUCAGUGACGCAACCUGCCCUGGAACCGCCCCAUCCACCAACCCCUGGAAUGUUGACUGUAGUGACAGUGUCACCAUCACGGAUCGUCUGAAUCUCUUCUCGGCAUGGCGAGGGCAGUACAAUGACACCAACGCAUACUGGACCUUGUUGAGUACUUGCAACACGGACGCUGCUGUUGGCCUCGCCUGGCUUGGUCAAGUUUGUACCACAGGCUCCCAGACAUCCGGGUCAAGCGAUGGGAACGAGACGAUUGCAGGUGCCAAUGUUGUCGUACGCACUUCAACCGAGUGGCAGGUUUUUGCGCACGAGACAGGUCACACAUUCGGAGCAGUCCACGACUGCACAUCUUCGACAUGUUCCGAUGGGACGGCUUCUGUGCAGAAGUGCUGCCCUGUUAGCGCCUCCAGUUGCGACGCUCAAGGCGCAUACAUCAUGAAUCCCUCCACCGGCAGCGGAAUCACCAACUUCUCACCUUGCAGCAUUGGUAAUAUAUGCUCCGCCAUGGACCGAAACAGCAUCAAGACUCAAUGUCUCACCAAUAACCGCGACGUCGUUACCAUAACAGGCCAGCAGUGUGGCAAUGGAAUUGUCGAGGCUGGGGAAGAUUGUGACUGCGGAGGUGAAAGCGGCUGUAACGAUAAUGCUUGCUGCAAUCCUACGACGUGCAAGUUCCAGUCGGGCGCCGUCUGCGAUCCCUCCAACGAAGAUUGUUGUAACGACACUUGCCAAUUUGCAUCGAACGGAACUGUCUGCCGAUCCAGCACUGGCACCUGUGAUCCCCAGGAAGUAUGCAGUGGAAGCUCGGCUGUUUGCCCAGCCGACGUCACGACUCCUGAUGGCGAGUCCUGUGGUGCCUCGGGGGCUGAUCUCACUUGCGCUUCUGGACAGUGUACAUCGCGCGAUCUGCAGUGCAAGACGCUCAUGGGCAGUCUGAGUUCUAAUAAUGACACCUACGCCUGCAACUCCCAGGGCUGUCUCCUGUCGUGUGCCUCAUCGUCCCUUGCGGCCAACACUUGCUACAAUAUGAACCAAUAUUUCCUGGACGGCACGCCUUGUCAGGGAGGCGGCAAGUGUAGCAACGGUCAAUGUGAAGGUUCCACCGUUGCAAACGAGGUGGGCAGUUGGAUCAGCGACAACAAGAACAUCGUGAUCCCGGUAGCCUCAGUCGUCGGGGGUCUCAUUGUCGUCGCCAUUCUUAGCUGUUGCAUCACCUCGUGUCGAAGAAGGAGAGCUAGAAAGAACAUGAAGCCGACCAAGCAUAGUGGUAAUUAUGGCGAUAAUGCGUGGAACGCUGCAAAUGUGGCUCGGCCCGCGGCGGUGGCGAGGGGGCCACCACCGGGGUAUUCUCCGUAUCAUGAACAGCAGCAGUGGGGACACAGACCGCGGGUACCGAUCACACGUUACGCGUAG